GUUAUAAUUUUUUGUUCACUUGCUGUGAAUGCUCUAACCACGUUACCCUCUGAUACUCAUUUUUCGUGUUCUUCCUCAAACGUCUCUUCUCUCUCGCACUCUUUGUUCCUACGCCUCUCUGUUUCUCUCAGGCCUCUCUUCUCUAUCAUCCCCUCUCUCUCCAACCCUACCCUUCUCUCUGAUUCACCCUUUCAUUGUCGACUUCGUCUCUCAGGCAACGGCAGUGGUGUGCUCUAUCAGAUCUAACAAAUGGGAACCCUUGACAUUCUUGGCGACCGCCAGUCCGGUCAGGACGUUCGCACCCAAAACGUGAUGGCGUGUGGAGCAGUUGCUAAUAUUGUCAAAUCCUCACUAGGUCCUGUUGGUCUCGACAAGAUGCUUGUUGAUGAUAUUGGAGAUGUGACAAUUACUAAUGAUGGUGCUACAAUACUCAAGAUGUUAGAAGUUGAGCACCCCGCUGCUAAGGUACUCGUGGAGUUGGCUGAGCUUCAAGACCGAGAAGUUGGAGAUGGGACAACAUCAGUGGUCAUUAUUGCUGCAGAGUUGCUGAAGAGAGCAAAUGAUUUGGUGAGGAACAACAUUCACCCUACAUCAAUAAUCAGUGGUUACAGACUUGCUAUGAGGGAGGCAUGCAAAUAUGUGGAGGAAAAAUUGGCCGUGAAGGUUGAAAAGCUUGGAAAAGAUUGUCUAAUUAACUGUGCCAAGACAAGCAUGUCCUCAAAGUUGAUAUCUGGUGACAGUGACUUCUUUGCAAAUCUGGUUGUGGAAGCUGUGCAAUCUGUUAAAAUGACGAAUGCAAGGGGGGAAGUCAAAUACCCAAUUAAGGGAAUUAAUAUUUUGAAAGCUCAUGGCAAAAGUGCAAAAGAUAGCUAUCUUUUGAAUGGGUAUGCUCUAAAUACGGGUCGUGCUGCCCAAGGAAUGCCUAUUAGAGUUGCCCUUGCAAAGAUUGCUUGUCUUGACUUUAAUCUUCAGAAAACAAAGAUGCAAAUGGGUGUCCAAGUCUUAGUUACUGAUCCCAGGGAGCUUGAAAAAAUUCGUGAAAGAGAAGCCGAUAUGACCAAAGAACGCAUUCAGAGACUUUUGAAAGCUGGAGCCAAUGUUGUUCUGACAACAAAGGGGAUUGAUGACAUGGCACUCAAGUACUUUGUUGAGGCUGGGGCCAUUGCUGUGAGACGUGUUCGCAAGGAGGAUAUGCGCCAUGUUGCCAAGGCAACAGGUGCGACCAUGGUCUCAACAUUUGCUGAUAUGGAGGGAGAGGAAUCAUUUGACUCUUCACUGUUAGGAUCUGCAGAUGAAGUUGUUGAGGAACGCAUUGCUGAUGAUGAUGUAAUAUUGAUAAAGGGGACUAAAACUACAAGUGCAGUUUCCUUGAUCCUCCGAGGGGCGAAUGACUAUAUGCUUGAUGAGAUGGAGAGAGCUCUGCAUGAUUCUCUUUCUAUUGUUAAAAGGACCCUUGAAUCCAAUACGGUUGUUGCAGGUGGAGGUGCAGUUGAGGCUGCCUUGUCUGGGUAUUUGGAGUGCCUUGCAACAACUUUAGGAUCCCGUGAACAGUUGGCAAUUGCAGAAUUUGCCGAAUCUUUGUUAAUUAUCCCAAAGGUGCUUGCCGUCAAUGCUGCCAAGGAUGCCACCGAUUUAGUUGCAAAACUACGGGCUUACCAUACCAUAGCACAAACCCAUGCUGAUAAGAAGCAUUUAUCCAGCAUGGGACUGGACCUUUUGAAGGGAACAGUUCGUAACAACUUAGAAGCCGGAGUCAUUGAGCCUGCGAUGAGUAAAGUGAAGAUAAUUCAGUUUGCGACUGAAGCAGCAAUAACAAUUCUUCGAAUUGAUGACAUGAUCAAGCUUGUCAAAGAUGAAAGUCAGGGCAAUGAGGAUUAGGAUUGGUUUUUGUUUGGAAAAAGAAGGCGAGAGAUUUUUUUUGUAGUUUGUUGCCGAGGACUCUCUGGUGUCAUUCUUGUAAUUUUUCUGAGGCAAUCUCGCUCUCUAUUCUUUUUGGUCUUGUAUUGUUACCGCUUAAUUUUAUGGUAAUGUCCUGGUACUUAAGUAGAUUUUGUUGUAGAAAUGACAACUCAAGCAAAGACUGGGAAAUGUGCGGUUGUGUUGUUCAGUUUUUGGGUUUAUGGCUUGAUCAAGCUCUCUUUAUCACUA